AAACAACUUCCGUUUCCGUGGAUGUUCAUAGACCACAACAGGAAGGGCGCUUGAAGUCGUUGGUAGUGCGACUGUAUUCAGAAAGAGAAAUUGAACAUUUAUUCUCCGUCAACCACUACCACAAAGUUAAUACGCAACUUGAGCGGACAAGCCUUCAAGAGUCGUAUACCUAACCAGAAAUCCGAUUAGUAACAAGAAAUUAUCUACUGAGCGGAUAAACGAAAGUCUCCCAAUUACACAUUCUGAAAACCAGGAACAAAAUAUGGAGGAUAUAAAGCAGCGAAGCCAACUAAUUUUAUGCAGGCUCACGAAAUACACAAUUAAUAAUUUAAGAGAUGAUCUGACGGCUGCUCAGCAACGGCUAGAAAACGCAGACCAACUACCUGUGCAAAAGAACACGUUAUUCGUUAUAUUAAAGAAAUUUGCUCGCGUAGAGAAAGAACUUGAGAGUUUUAGAGAGAGAGUAAAUGAAGCCAAUGCGACGAAGUUCGACAUUCAGAAAAUGAAAGAUAAAAUGAUGGACGUGGAAGGAAAACACCGUAGGGAAAUUAGAAGAGCCCAGGAAACUAUAAACGGACUGAGUGAGGCUGUAGCAAGAAUCUCGGCUGAAAAUGAGAAGUUUAAGCAGCAAAUCGACAACCUUCUUGCCUCCCAUAAUGACGACGUCAUAGUUUACACACAUGAAGAAGCAGUGGGGCAUCUCAGUGCUGCAAACAACAACAACAUCAAGAAUAAACAGAAACGUGGCAGGACUGAUAGCCUGACAGCCCAGAAAGCCGAAGAUGGACAGGACAUUGGGGAGGACUGCAGUGAGAACUGUGCUGAGAGCUCUUGUGAGGACUGUGCCAAGGGCUGCUGUGAGGACUGGGCUGAGAACUGCUGUGAGGACUUUGCCAAGGACUGCUGUGAGGACUGUGCCAAGGGCUGCUGUGAGGACUGGGCUGACAACUGUGCCAAGGGCUGCUGUAAGGACUGCUGUGAGGACUUUGCCAAGGACUGCUGUGAGGACUGUGCCAAGGGCUGCUGUGAGGACUGGGCUGAGAACUGCUGUGAGGACUGUGCUGAGAACUGCUGUGAGAACUGUGCUGAAAACUGCAGUGAGGACUGUGCUGUAAACAGCAGUGAGGACUGGGCCGAGAACUGUUGUGACGACUGUGCUGAGAAAUGUAGAGAGGACUGGGCUAAGGACUGCUGUGAGGACUGUGCUGAGAGCACCUGUGAGGACUGGGAUGAAAACUGCAGUGAGGACUGUGCAGCGGACUGCAGUGAGGACUAUGCUGAGAGGUGCAGUGAGAACUGUUCUGAGAAAUGCAGUGAGGACUGGGCAGUGGACUGCAGUGAGAACUGGGUCAAGGCCAGCAUUGAGGACUGGGCCAAAGACUGUGGAGAGGACUUGGUCGAGGACGUUAGCGGCAAGAGCGCUGACAAAAAUGGACAAAACCGAGCAAGGAAUGUGCCUCUUGGAGAUGAACCACCAGCUCAUACCUGUAAACAGGCCAAAGUGCUUAAUUCCCCAGUCAAACGUUCAAAGUCUUGCCUUCCAAGACUAAGAGACUUCGAGCCGCUGAAACUUCUAGGAAGAGGAGGUUUUGGAAAAGUUUACCUAGUUUGUAAAAAAGGCGGUGCAGAUAAUGGCAAAUUGUACGCUAUGAAAACAAUGAAUAUUGAAAAAAUACAGGAACAAAAAGAUGGCUGUCAACAAUAUCGUACGGAAUGUGACAUGUACAAAAGAGGCCUGGAGGCUCCAUUCCUGGUGGGACUCUACUAUGCCUUUCACACACAAUCAAAAGUCUGCCUCAUACAAGACUAUUAUGCAGGUGGUGACUUAUUCCAUCUGUUGCGGGAGUGGGGAGUGUUUUCAGUUGAUGACACUAGAUUAUAUCUUGCAGAAAUCAUCCAUGGUGUGGAGUAUCUGCAUCAGCUUAGAGUCAUACACCGAGACAUAAAACCAGCAAAUAUAUUGGUAGAUGCUGAAGGUCAUAUUGCCAUUGCAGAUUAUGGGUUGUGCAAGCAAUUUGUCAGCUCUAAAGAGGAUGAUGAUUAUGCAUAUAAUAAAUGUGGCACAAAUCAGUAUAUGGCGCCAGAGAUGAUCAUUGGUGAAGGCUACAGCUAUGAGGUGGACUGGUGGAGUGUUGGGAUUACGGCUUUUGAAAUGAUGAUGGGGCACAAACCCUUUCAUUAUGAUGACGAUAGGAAUCAUUCAGCACUCUAUCACAACAUUUUGCAUCACACACCAGACAUUCCACCAUGGUUCUUGGACAAUGAGGUAGAUUUUCUCAGAAGAAUAUUGGAGAAGGAUCCAAAAAUUCGCUUAGGUGGAGGGAAAGCCGGAGCAGAGAAUAUCAAGAAACAUCCAUUUUUUGAUGGCAUAAACUGGAAUGAAGUGUCAAGGAGACAACUGGUGAUGCCACACCUACUAGAUCUUGAGCAUGAGGAGGACAUUUCUGAUCAAGAUUUUGGAUCGAGCAACAUUUCAUUUCUGUCACCAUCUAAUAUAUGUGACAACAGCAACGAGGCAUGCUCAUACAUAGCCCCAGUCCUGAUGCCUAAUGGGUCAAAUUGAAGAGAAACCUGUCAGCAGUGCUGAAGUUCAGCAUAGAUAAUAUUUUGGCUGUUUUAAUUUAUCAGAAGUUAAUGAAAGGCUCUCGGGCUGCAAGUCGUGUCAGGUGGUUGUAUGGUUCAUUCACAAUCAGCCACCUGACGCGGCUUGUUGCCUGAGAGUGUUUCAUUAACUUCGGUCGCCGCAAAAGCUUCACUUUAUUUCAGAAGUUGUUUGUGUCUUUUGAAUAUACGUUCUGCAAUUUAAAAAAAAAAUUAUUUUCAUAUCACACAAUAAAUUAUGUUUCAUUAUUGAGCCUUGAAACUUACAGGAGAAGAUAAAUUUUUUUUAAUAGACUUCGGAUAUAUCCACCAUUUGCAGGUUCUACAAAAUAAAAGUAUUAAUAUUAUACAGGUGUCAUCACUUCACUGUUAGAAUAACACACAGAAAUAAAGAUAAUUAUGUAAUGUUAUAGAUGCUAGAUUAACACAUUAAAGUCUACUAACACAUCUCAGA